AUGGCUAUGACUUGGUGGAGUUUUUUGUUUUCACAACAUGUGCAAUAUGUUAAGACCGGGAAAUUAGCAUUCAUAUCCAAUUAUCAAGGGAGCACGGCACUGUUAACAAACCCUCAGAUCCUGACCCACCCGUCUGUUAGUGAUGGGAGUGAUAUUUUUGGUGAUGGGAAUAUCGAGGCGGUUGUCAGCGAGUUUGAAAGUAAGCACAUCUGCAAUUUUUACUGUGAAUGGGUGGGGUUUGGGCUCGAACCAUUUGGGAAGAAAGAUGAAAGCCUUGAUGAAGCAGAGAGCACAUUGAAUGAGGUAGAGAGCAUGAACAUAACUUAG